AUGGAAUCAAAAACUGAGAACUUGGUACCCAAGAUGAAAACAAUUCCAAUACGUACCAAGCCGAUGAAGAGAAAGGCCAGCAUCAAGAACAAAAUUCGAAUGUUCAAGAUGCAAUCAGACAAGAAAAUUAGGAGACUCGAGGACAAGAAGAAACAAUUAUUUGAAGCUGCCAAGUUUUACGAAAAGAAAUACAAGAAUUUGAAGUUCAAGACUGAAAAUGAAACGAUUCCAAUGCAUGAAAAAGUAAUCGACGGACAGAAUGAUAUUAUAGACGAGUUGGCAAAAAUUGUGAAAGGAGUACAGGAGGACAAAGCAGAGGUGGUACGCUCAUACUCCGUCAAAAUGCAAGAAGUUGAGAAAAUCCUAAACAAGCUAAAACGAGGAGGUAUAAUUGACGAUGACAUGAAUAUUAUGGAGCCAACAGUGGUUGGCAGCGAUCUCGAAUAA